CUGAAGGGUGUCCACAGCCAGAGGAAGAAGAAGAUCAGGACUACCCCAACCUUCCACCGGCCCAAGACCCUGCGUCUGAGGAGGCAGCCUAAGUACCCUAGGAAGAGCGCUCCACGCAGAAACAAGCUGGACCAUUAUGCCAUCAUCAAGUUCCCCCUGACCACUGAGUCAGCCAUGAAGAAGAUAGAGGACAACAACACUCUGGUGUUCAUUGUUGAUGUCAAGACUAACAAGCAUCAGAUUAAACACGCUGUCAAGAAACUGUACGACAUCGAUGUGGCUAAAGUCAACACACUGAUCAGGUAGAACUUUG